CUAUUUAUACUCUUGGAGAGUUACAUGUAUAUGAUCACAACCAACAUUGGCAAAGUCACACAAUAAAAGAAUAUGGCAUCAUAUUUUCCAAAAACUAACACUUUCUUGCUCUUACUAGUCUUAUUUUAUUACACCAAAUUAACUAAUGGGCAAAAUUUCUCGGAUCAACACCACCCAAUAUCCAUAUCCCAAACCCGAGCCGAAAAAAUGACUCACCUACACUUCUUUUUUCAAGACAUUGAAAGUGGCAAACGCCCAACCGCGGUCCAAAUAGCUAGCCCAAACCGCCGUUAUGGUACAAAUUUUGGGAAUGUGUUCAUGGCAGAUGAUCCAUUAACCGUUAGGGCGGAUCGUAGAUCGGAGAUCAUAGGGCGAGCCCAAGGGGUGUAUGGGUUUGCAUCUCAAGAAAAUGUUGCAUUGUUAAUGGCUAUAAAUUAUGUGUUUACUAAGGGAAAAUACAAUGGGAGUAGUAUAAGUAUAAUUGGAAGAAAUCCUCCAAUGCAAAAAGUUAGGGAGAUGCCUAUUGUUGGUGGAACUGGGCUUUUUCGGUUUGCUCGUGGAUAUGCUUUGGCCCAUACUGUUUGGUCCAACACACAAGGAGAUGCUAUUGUGGAGUAUCAUGUUUAUGUCUACCACUAUUAGAUAAUAAUCCUCUUGAAUUUACUACAAGUAUAACAUUUAAUAAUUUAUUAAAUGACUCGGUUAAUAAUGUAAUUUCUUUAUUUUAUAGAAUUUCUUUAUAAAUUUUUUUAUAUACAAUGAUAAGAAAAAUGAAAACAUUAGGAAGCCCUCCUCACAAGGAGAAUUCCCACAA